GCGUGUGGACUGCUGUUGUAACAAGGUGCAGGAGCGCCCGCUUGCAGUCUUUUGAAUUCUGAGGAUUACAAACCUCCGAGGGACAAAAAAAAAACUUGCUAGUAUCUUCCCGCAGCAACUCUGUCGCGUUUGUGAGCGUGCUGAAAACACGGGAUUGUUUCCCCAUUUAAGAAUCAUCAGACAACAACACACAAGACAAAGCAGAAAAAAGCAAGGUUGGUACUAGGAUGUGAAUGCUGAGGCCAGUGAUCCCACCCAGUUGGCUGCACAGACUUUCUUUUACCUGCAUCUGCUGACUGUAACCCUGCAGUUGGAUUGGCCAGAAGCGCAGACUAAACCACUUCAGUGCUGAAUAUUCCUCAUCGUUCUAGGAUAAAAAUCCCUUAAGAUGCCCCAAUCAUCUCCCAUGGUGUCUCCAGAGGACUGUUUGGUUAAAGCCAGGGGUUCAAUGGAUUCAAGCAAGCAAUGAAUGAUACGGACCUUGCUGACAGCUGCCUUCUGAAUUUGGAGCAAAUCUGUGGGGGUCCAACCCCCCUACCAGCACCAUAACAGCAUCUCCGCAGACCAAUCCCCCCCUCCACGGCUGGCAGGAAACUGGGACUGAUCAGUCCUUUGGACUUCGCAGCCUUCAUCCUAGCCAACACAGACAAUAGUGCCCCUGUAACCGUUCGCCAUGGUGUCCUGCUGAGGGCCGUUGACCCGUGCUGGAGAUGAGCCCUACCCCGGGGCUGUGGCCCCUUCUGACAGGGGUGCUCACCCUGGCCUCCUGCCUGCUUCAUGUAUCCAUCGCAGCCAUGCCCUUCCCCAAGGACCUGGAGCCAAUCAGUGUCGUCGGCAGGCAGUACUCCUACCUGUACCCCAGCUUCCAGGGACUUAUGUCUGACAACGACACGAUGCGGCUGGGCCUGGACUUCCAGAGGAUGCUGCGUAUCAACCACAUGCUCUACAUCGCAGCCAGGGAUCACGUGUUCGCCAUCAAUCUCAGCGCCUCUGUGGAACAGAUCGUCCCGCAGCAGAAGCUGACGUGGAAAACGAAAGAUGUGGAGAAGUGCACUGUGCGAGGCAAAAACAGCGACGAGUGCUACAACUACAUCAAAGUGCUGGUACCUCGUAAUGAUGAGACUUUGUUCGCCUGCGGCACCAACGCCUUCAACCCUACCUGCCGCAACUACAAGAUGUCAACACUAGAGCAGGAUGGGGAGGAAGUGGUUGGUCAAGCCCGCUGCCCCUUUGAAUCGCGGCAGUCCAAUGUGGGCCUCUUCGCCGGUGGUGAUUUCUACUCAGCCACCAUGACAGACUUCCUGGCCAGUGACGCGGUGAUCUAUCGCAGCCUUGGAGAGAGCAGUCCGGUGCUACGCACAGUAAAGUACGACUCCAAGUGGCUCCGAGAGCCUCAUUUUCUUCAUGCAAUCGAAUACGGGAACUAUGUGUAUUUCUUCUUCAGUGAGAUUGCAGUGGAGUACACCACCCUUGGCAAGGUUGUCUUCUCAAGAGUGGCGCGGGUUUGUAAGAAUGACAAUGGCGGUUCCCCGCGGGUUCUUGAACGUUACUGGACCUCCUUCCUGAAGGCUCGCCUGAACUGCUCGGUGCCAGGAGACUCCUUCUUCUACUUCGACGUGCUACAGUCUCUGACUAACGUGGUGCAAAUAAACCAGAGGCCCACAGUUCUGGGCGUUUUCACCACACAAGCCAAUAGUAUUACGGGCUCUGCGGUGUGUGCUUUCUACAUGGACGACAUCGAGAAAGCUUUCAACGGGAAAUUCAAGGAGCAGAAGAGCAGUGAGCUGGCCUGGACUCCAGUGCCCGAGGAGCAGGUCCCCAGGCCCAGACCAGGCUCCUGUGCCGGUGACGGCCCUGCUGCCACCUACAAGUCCUCCACCACCUUCCCUGACGAAACACUGACCUUCAUCAAGUCAUACCCACUGAUGGACGAAGCGGUGCCUUCCGUCAACGACCGACCCUGCUUCACCCGAACCACUAGCAGGUUCAAGCUGACCCAGAUAGCUGUUGACACCUCUGCCGGGCCCUACAAGAACCACACUGUGCUGUUCCUGGGUUCGGAGGAUGGCAGGGUGCUGAAGGUCCUGGCCAGCACCCACCCCAAUGCCUCCUUCAGCACCCAGCUUCUGGAGGACAUUGAUGUUUACAAUCCCACCAAGUGUAAUGUACAUGGCGAGGACAAGAGGAUUCUCGGACUAGAACUAGACAAGGACCACCACGCCCUGUAUGUGGCCUUCUCUAGCUGUGUCAUCCGUGUCCCCCUCAGCCGUUGUGCAGACUACAGUUCCUGCAAGAAAAGCUGUCUGUCCUCACGCGAUCCCUACUGCAUCUGGCUGAAAACUGGAAGCUGUGCCACUGUGACACCUGGAUUCAAGGCUGGGUUUGAACAAGACAUUGAGAAUGGCUACACACAGCACCCAGACAGCUGUCAUGACGUCCUGGCAACCACGCGAAAGCAAAACGCUGCUGCUGAUUCUGCUUAUGGAAAGACCACACCCACAAGUGCCAGCACAACCAAUCAGGGGGCGGCUUUCCCAAAGCUGACAGGUGGCUCAGAGAAAGGUACUGGUCCAGAUGACCGCCCUCCUGUGGGGAAACAGGGGUCACCUGACUUGGAGGCGAUCAGUGUGGAGACAGAGGGUGUUCGACGGCCCCCAGAAGUGGAGAAGCCCAACCACAGUGUUCACUACACCCUCCUGAUUGCCUGUGUGCUGGUGGCUUUUGUUUUGGGUGCAUUCCUCUCUGGGUUUUUGGUCUCCUGUUACUGCAACCACAAUGUGCAUAAGACAAGGCGGCUUGGCAAGGACCCCGAGGCACCCAUCCCCCAUGCGCUCUCCCUUCGCAGCCUGGCUAAGCUAAAUGGCCUUCUGGAUAGCCAAAACAAGGAGGAUAAGUUAGAGGUGUCCUCGCCAAAGCUGUACAACUCUUUCAUCCCGAGCAAGAAGGAGCAUCCUGUCAGCAGAAAUGGCCGACUUGGAGCAGGGGGCGAACUGCUCCAUUCCCAUCAUCACCACCACACUGCUGAGCUUUCAGGUCUGCCUACUCCAGACUCCACCCCGGAGUUGCCCAUAAAGGCCUUCAAGAACCAGUGGGAGAAGAACCAGAACUGUAACAACGCCAAGGACGGCAAGCCUCAAAACAUGAGUGGCUCCCGGCCCAGCUCUGGGGUCCAUCAGCAUAUCUUCCCAUUCUCCCACGGGCUAUCCAAUGGUCAAGCCCUGGGGGGUGCCCUCCACCUGGAGGAGAGGAAGAUCCCCAAUGCUGAACGCAUGAUGAUCCAACCAUACCCCUCCUACCCUCAUAAGGUGAUGGACAUCACACCACUAGAUGAACUCCUGAAACAUGUUCACGAGGUCAACGUAGCUGGUGGCAAGAACGUAACAGUCUUGACCUCUAUACCAGCUAACGGGAGCCAGAUAGGUUUCACCAACCGUGUUCAGCCUCAGAUUCCCGAAACUGAAUCUGCCUCUUACUAUAGCUCAUCCACGCUUCCGAGGGACAGCCUGACACGUCGCAUGGAUGUCCCUCCGGAAUUACCCCCACUGCAGUCCACACUCGAGAGGGUGUCCCGCCACCCAUCCCAGAGGAACUCCUUAAUAGCUGCCUCAAAGAUGUCCAACGGAGGGGUCGUUCCACGGCAACACAGCUUCAGUCACCGCAGCGGUCACCAGCCGCCUCCCCUGCUGGCCCGGAUGAACUCUACAGGCAGCACCUGCGAGAUUCACCACCCCCUCAUCCCCAGCAGCUACCUGGCGCGCCAACACAGCUACAACGAGCAGCCCGAAGUGCACCGGAGUGCCAUCGUCCGCCGGACCUCCUCCCUUAAGCCUGACGUUCCCCCCAAGCCCCUCUUUAUCCCUGCCACUUCUCCCGUUAACCCACAGGGAAAGUUCAACUACUGAGAGGGGAGUGAAAACCCAAGAAGAAAAUGGUUCUCUCUCUCUCCCCCAAAAACCUCCCUGAUAUCGAGCUGAGGGUAAAAGGGGAAAUAUCCAAAACAAAAUGAGGGGUUUGCAUGGCAGCCAGCGCUGUCUCCGUCACACUUGUGCUGAACUUGUUUUGUCCAUGUCCAAUGAAUGUCUUUGUACCAUAUUGGUAUUGCUUAACAACUUGCUUAUAGAAAGGUGAUAAAAUGGGGAAGGAUCAGAUCCAGGACACUGUUUUGACUCGGCUUCCAAGCUCUUCAUCAAGGCACUGCAAAGCAACACAGAGUACCGAUGGAGGGAAGCUCUCUCAAACUGUGGGUUAAAAGCCUGGACUUGGUCAAACAGUGACUUUGGUCUUGAUAAUGUAUUGGUCACAUCUAGAUUUGAUCAGAGCUCACGUGUGUUGAUCUGAAGUUGAGGGCAGUGCUGUUUCCCCUUAUAAUGUGUAUAUACAUUAUGCAUGUGUGUGUAUAUAUAUGUGUGUUUAUAUCUACACAGUAUAUGUAUACAUGUAUAUAUGCAGUCCAUGUAUCCCUCAGAACAAAUGAAUGAACUCCGUGGAGGCAGCUCUUCCUUUGCCUUAUUCUUUCAGCAGAACUGUAUUGUGGAAACAUCUAUUUCACUGACAUUUCUACCCCCCAGAAGAGUUCUCUGAAUGAGUCUGAGCAAUAACCACCCUGCCCUGUCUCACCGUGUCAAGGGUGUUAGGUCGGGGAGGAGAGAGCGGGUACACUUUCACGAAGCUGAUGUAGUGGUGAUGACUCCCAUGCCAAGGUGUUGCUCCAAAACCCUCAGAUGAAAGACUGCCAGACUCCGUAACGGAUUGGGUUUAAGGAGAAGUACACUGACCAAAUGAUCAUUUUUGCCUUUGGAAAAGGGAGAUCUUUGCUGUCCUGCCUUGGCAGGCACCACUAGUAUUGAACUGGGACUGCUGUUCUUUGCAAACAAAAUGCAUGGCCUGUGACCAUUCGUUUGAACAGGAGCGUACUUUUAGAAGUUGGUGCUAUAACUUUGUGAACACUGCAGAAAGGCUGUUUCUCCUCCUCCACUGAUAACAGGCGCAUACCUCCAAAAGAAUGCCUCCCAAAUUUUACCCUACAAACCAAAUCAGAAUUUUGUGAGAGGUUUUAAAUAACAUAUUUGCUUAAAACAAGGACCCCCUACAUCAGGUUCAAAAUCAGAUUAUGCCCACUUGAGGAUUAUGAGGUCCUUGAUUUUAAUGUGGUGAACACCGCUAUUAGUAUAAUUAUUAACUCUGUGGCUAUUGGUGUAAAUAAAGGAAUAAUAACUAGCCAAAUUUUAAUUGUAUGUGUAAAUGUGUGCCUUAUUUAAUAUAAUAUGUGCUAUGGGGAAUAUUAUGGGGAAAAAGAAUAAAGAGGCUAUUGUGUUUUAUUUUUUGUUUUUUAACUUUGUUGUCAAUAUGUGUCAUAGCCAUUGUAGAUUUGUAUUUUUAUCUCUAGCCCUUUUGAUAUCCCCAAACCGCAGGACAGUGUAAUUAUGUGUGAGGCUGUUAUGAUCGGCAUAGCAACUGCCAGCUUGAGGCUGCAGAUUUGUUGUUGUUCCUUUUUAUGUUGGUUAUUUGUUGGGUUUCUCGUUCCUCAGCUGCCGCUCUUCAUUCAUAUUAUCAAUAGCAUGCCAGGAGGUAUAGUCCACAGAUUAAAUGGUGAACAACCCCUCCCACCAAUCUCUAAAUUAAAGUGUGUCACCCUAUGUGUUUGCAGAUGCUUGCAGAAGGAAAACAUCUCUUGGUUCUCACUUCUAUAACAGCUGACAUUGCUGAAAAUGAGAAAUCGAACAUGAUUUUUUUUUUCUGAGUAAACGGAAAGGUCAGUGUGGGAACCAAGUGAGACUAGUAUUAUUGUGAAAUGAACUUGUCUAGCCGCAGAGCAAACAUGCAAAUGCGUUAGCAAUGCAUUAGUACGCUGUGUGCUUAAUGGAAGCAUCUGUUGCUUCUCUUUAGCAGUUCUGAUAAUUACACGCAGGGGGAUGGCACAAGUCCACUCAGGCUUGUGGUUAUCAUUCCCGAUUCUUGUGUGUUCAGAGGUUGCAUCCUCUAGAUAGGCUUUUUUUUAGGUCUGAAUUACUGGUUUCACUCAGAUCCAAGCAGCUUUUGUUUGUUUUGUGUGAGAAAAUGUGAAGUCAGUUCUAGCACCUCGAUCACAAAAACCGAUGUGUGGAGAGGUGUGCAAUCCACACUUGAAUUCACCUCAGGUUGGCAGCCAAGUAAGUGCCAUAACGAGUGCUUUUGUGCACUCACAGCCCCAAGCAGGAAAUGAAGAGAUUUUCAAAAAUUAUAUGCAAAAUAGGCAGUACAGUACAAAGGCAAAAUCAUUUUAUGUUUCCAUGUGUAUCAUGACAAAGUUGAACACUUAUUUAAGUUAAAGAUGGUUUUGAACACUACUGAAAAAUGACCCUUUCUCGCGGAAAAUAAACCCAGGCAGCAAUCUUACAUUGAGUUCAAGUGUGGCUUCUUUCAUUUCUCAUAGAGAUUAUAUGGGAAAGGGAAUAGACUGUGUCUGUUGUAGUUACUAUAGCUUUUGAAAUUCUUAGAAUUGCACAGUGUAAAUAAAG